AAAUUGAUUAUUGGCGUUCUGAGUCGAGAAGGAGCACUCUUUGGGGGGCGCUCACGGUUUUUUUUUUCUUUCCUUUCCGUUCUCUGUAUUUCUCUUGGCUUUUUUUUUCUUUAUCACUUUCAUCUUUCCUUUCCUUUUUCAGUUGCACUUUUUUUUCGUCCCUUUGAGUCUUUUUAUUUUCCCUACUUUUUUUCUUGUCAUGACUACUCGUUAUCAAAAGUUAACUGGGGUAGAUGAUUCGUUCGAUACCAACACACAUAUGGAAGGAGGGAGUUCUUCGCAUAGCCGACGAUCGUUUGACCAACGACGCUGUGAUUUAGAAGAUACAUUUGACGAAGUAUUGGACGACGACGAUAAUGACCAUCACGAAUCGCACCGACUGUUAGAAACCUCUUCGUCUAGUGUGCCAGCCUCUGACGUCAAUACCACCCAGUCCACCAUACCUGAUGCGAAUCGACCGGCGGUUUUGCCCGUUACCAACGAUGGCGUCUUUUCCAACAUGUCGGCCAAACCGGAAUCCCACGCUGCCAAGGUCGACGAAACCCCACCCGCCUACGAUGAAGCUAUGGCUGAUGCUACCCCACCUUACUGGCAAACCACCGUCAUUGCACCGGCAGGCAUGGGCGAUAUGAUUUUUGUCGAGGGCAUGCCCGUAGGCAAUAUGCUCAGUUUUGCAUGGAAUCUUUUAGUAUCUGCAAGCUUUCAAUUUGUUGGAUUCAUGUUGACAUACUUAUUACACACAUCACAUGCUGCCAAGCAAGGAUCAAGAGCAGGUCUUGGCGUGUCGUUAGUUCAAACCGGAUUCUAUAUUCGAAGCCGAGGUUCAUUGGACGAUGGGUAUUACGAUGAUGAAGGCGGUAAUUCAGAUAAAAACGGGUCUGACGAAAGUAGCGGUGAUGCCGAUAUCAUUGCGUAUUUCCUAAUGAUGUUGGGCUGGUUUAUCAUUAUUCGAGCCAUCGCGGAUUAUGCAAGAGCGCGUAAUAUGGAGAAGAUUAUCGGGGCUGAACCUAAUGCUGAUGCCAUGGUGUAGCUUAUUUUCAUGCAUCUUUUCUGUAACCUUAAUCAUGUCAAAUUCCCUAACCUUAUCAUCCCCAUUGUUUCCCGUCCUUUUUAUAUGUACACACACAACUCCCCUGUGCUUGCGUAUGUGUGCGUGUUAUACAACUGUCCCUCUCUCUUUGUUUCGCUGCGUCCCUUUUUUUUUUCUCCUGUUCCUUUUUUCGUCAUCCAUUUUACCUUUUUACAUUGGGUUCCUUUUUUUCUUAUUUCUCGAAAUUGUAAAGCCAUAUAUUCCUAUUUUCGCUCAUCAUAAAUUUUAACUUUUUCUCAUCCGUUUUUGAUAGUUUGAUCUGAUACUUCUCCAUUCUCCAGUCAUGAAUCAGUUUGGCUGACAAUGGCCGUAAGAAACCCAC